AUGGAAACUGUGGCAACGCUUAGGCGGAUGUCGCGCGAACAACUAUCGUCUCUUCUGCUCUCUCCUGAUGCAUCUAAGGUUGCUGUUAUAGACGUGCGCGAUGACGACCAUGUGGGCGGCCACAUAAACUCAUCUACGCAUGUUCCAUCUUUAUCUUUGGACCACCGAAUACCCGAAAUCGUACGGACCAUGGCUGGGAAGGAGAUUGUAGUGUUCCACUGCGCGUUAAGUCAGCAGCGAGGCCCGGCUGCAGCCUUGAGGUACAUGAGAGAAAGGGAGAGCAAGACGAAGAAAGGAAAGAUGAAGAAAGAGACUGGUCCACCAGGUAUUGGGGUUAAGAAUGGUUCUAUACAAAAGGUUUCCUCUCCAGCGUCGAAAGAGCAGGAAGUCAAGAAAGAGAUGGAGAAGGUGCUUGAUUCAUCAGAUAGUGGGGUCAAGAACGGGUCUAUCCUGGAAGCCCCUUCACCUGAGUCGAAAGAACAGGAAAUUUAUGUGCUGGACAAGGGGUUUGUCGGAUGGCAGGAAAAGUACGGCAAGGAUGAGAGGUUGACGAAAGCCUACGCUGCGGACAUCUGGACAGACUACUGCUGA